UGACAUCAAUUAAAGAAGCACUCAAGUGUGUCUUCUCCUCUUCCACCCUCCUGUCUCCUCAUCGCCUCUCGAGCUGUGUCGUGUAUGAACACGGGGACCUAUUUCUGAGGUGGUAGACGGGACAGGAGAGUGAACAUGUGUGACGAUGACGGUAGAAAAUGUAAGAAAAGCUGGGAGAGAACGAACCAUUUUUAGCACUAGAAUAUUAAUGGCGUAUGCCACACGCUGCAGGUGAUAAUGGAUGUUGCAUCACGUCUAAACUGUUUGACUGUGGGUGUGCAUUUGUAUAGAUUCUCUUUAUAUGUUUAUAUAAACUUUAGUCUUGUAAUUGUUUCAAAAUGCACUUAUCCUUUAAAUAAAUGCCUCUAUUUUCUUCUUCUUCUUCCGUUUACAGCUCAGAACUGCAGUUACACACUACACAGUCCCAAUGGGACAAUAGAGAGUCCUGGAUACCCGUAUGGUUAUCCUAACUAUGCCAACUGUACAUGGGUGAUCGUGGGAGCUGAGCAUAACCGGAUACAGCUGGUGUUCCAAGGCUUCGCUCUGGAGGAGGACUUUGACAUCCUGUCUGUAUAUGAUGGGCCGCCCAGUCCUGGAAACCUGCGAACAAGGUUAACUGGAUUCCAACUGCCUUCACCCAUAGUGAGUACAGGCUCCAGGCUCACCUUGUGGCUGCUGUCGGAUUAUGCAGUCAGCGGGCAGGGAUUUAAAGCUGCCUAUGAAGCUUUGCCCAGUUAUACUUGUGGUAAUCCUGGACAGCUAAUAAAUGGCCACCAGCAGGGGUCCAGUUUCAAUAUUGGGGAUAAAAUACGCUACAGCUGCAGUCCCGGCUAUAUGCUGGAGGGUCACACCAUCCUGUCCUGCCUCGCCACUUCAACGGGUACUGCAGCUUGGGAUUUUCCACUUCCCUACUGCAGAGCUGAUGAUGGAUGUGGAGGGACACUGCGGGGUCAAAGUGGGUUGAUCACCACCCCCAAUUACCCAGCUGAGUACAACAAUAAUGCUGACUGCACCUGGACUGUGCUGGCGGAGCCAGGAGACACCAUUGCCCUGGUUUUCUCUGACUUUCAGCUGGAGGACGACUAUGACCUGCUCGAGGUCAGCGGCACUGACGGAUCCUCACAGUGGUUUACUGGCCCCAACCUUCCCUCUCCAAUCAUUAGCAGUAAAAACUGGCUUCGACUUCAUUUUACAUCUGACGGCAACAACAGGUUGAGAGGUUUCAGCGCCCAGUAUCAAGUUCACAUAUAUUCUCAUGGUUCUCUUAUUUCACCUUGUUUUUUCUUCUUCUCUGUACAAUUGAACCGCAGGCGAGGAGCGACUGUGCAUUUCUCCUGUGAUGAGGGCUAUGAACUGCAGGGUUCAAAGAGCAUCACUUGCCUCAGAGUGACGGACAGCUAUGUAGGCUGGAGUGAUGACCGGCCCAUCUGCAGAGCACCUAUGUGUGGAGGUCAGUUAAAAGGACCAAGUGGCGUCAUCACAUCUCCUAACUACCCUGUUCAGUACGACAACAACGCCAACUGCACUUGGGUCAUCACAGCAACAGAGACAUCAACGGUAAUCAAGCUGACAUUUGAGGAUUUUGACCUGGAGAGGGGCUAUGACACGCUGACGGUGGGAGACGGAGAGAUUGUGGGAGACCAGAAGACCAUCUUUCACGUCCUGUCUGGUACCACCACUCCAGACCUCGUGGUUAGUACAAGUCACCAGAUGUGGCUCAAUUUCAAAACAGAUGACACCAGUGGCUCCCUCGGCUUCAAAGUGUCCUACGAAGAAAUCGACCAAGGCAGUUGUGGAGAUCCAGGAAUCCCAGCUUACGGAAAACGUGAAGGGACGGGCUUUCGUCAUGGGGACAGGCUGUACUUUGAGUGUCUGCCUGCCUUCGAGCUGGUGGGGAAAAAGAACAUCACUUGUCAGAAAAACAACCAGUGGUCAGCUAAGAAACCCAGCUGUGUUUUUUCCUGCUUCUUCAACUUUACCACUCCAUCCGGGGUGCUGCUAUCUCCCAACUACCCUCAGGAGUAUGGGAACAACAUGCACUGUGUGUGGCUCAUCAUCACCAACCCCGAGAGCAGAAUCAAUCUGGCCUUCAACGACCUCAGCAUGGAAAAACAGUUUGACUUCCUCUCCAUCAAGGAUGGGGGAAAGGCUGAAUCUCCAAUCCUGGGUACCUUCUCUGGGGACGGCCUACCUCCUCCCAUAACAACAAGUGGCCAUGUGGCCCGACUGGAGUUCCUGACUGACCACACAUACACAGACCGGGGCUUUAACAUCACUUUCACCACGUUUCGCCACAACGAGUGCCCAGACCCAGGGGUGCCAGUCAACGGGAAGCGAUUUGGUGAGAGCCUUCAACUGGGCAGCUCCAUCUCAUUCCUUUGUGAGGAGGGCUUCGUUAAGACCCAUGGCUCUCAGACUGUAUCCUGCAUCCUCAAAGAUGGCAACGUUGUGUGGGACAACGCUGUGCCUCGAUGUGAAGCCCCAUGCGGUGGGGAUUUGAAGGCUCCCAGUGGGAUCAUUCUCUCCCCCGGCUGGCCAGAACUAUACAAGGAGGCCCUUAACUGUGAAUGGAUCAUUGAGGCUCCUCCAGGCUACCCCAUCAAGAUCAUCUUCGACAAGUUUCGCACUGAGGUCAACUACGAUGUUCUGGAGGUGCGGGAUGGACGGUUUCCCUCUUCACCUCUAAUUGGAAGUUACCAAGGAACCCAAGUUCCCCAGUUCCUCAUCAGCACCUCCAACUUUAUCUAUCUCCUCUUCACCACUGACAAGAGUCACUCUGACAUUGGUUUUCGUAUACGUUACGAAACUCUGCAGCUACAGUCGGAUCACUGUGUGGAUCCUGGUAUACCUGUCAAUGGACAGCGCCACGGCAAUGACUUCUAUGUGGGUGCUUUGGUGACAUUUAGCUGUGAUGCUGGGUACACACUGAGUGACAUGGAGCCUUUAGAGUGUGAACCCAAUUUUCAGUGGAGUCGCCCCCUGCCAAGCUGUGAUGCACUGUGUGGAGGUUAUAUCCAGGGUAACACAGGAACCAUCUUGUCUCCCGGCUUUCCUGACUUCUACCCACAUAACCUGAAUUGCACAUGGAUAAUCGAGACCUCCCACGGCAAAGGUGUACAGUUCACCUUCCACACCUUCCACCUGGAGAGUCCUCAUGACCAUUUGUUGGUGACAGAGAAUGGCAGUUUCUCUCAGCCCCUAUGGAGACUGACUGGCUCGACGUUGCCUCCACCGCUCAGUGCUGGCCUUUUUGGAAACUACACAGCACAGAUCCGCUUUCUCUCUGACUUCUCGGUUUCAUACGAAGGAUUUAACAUUACUUUCUCAGAGUAUGAUUUGGAGCCUUGCGAGGAUCCUGGAAUCCCACCCUACAGUACCAGAAAAGGCCUUCAGUAUGGAGUCGGCGAUGCUCUCAUCUUUUCUUGCUUCCCAGGUUACAGGCUCGAGGGUCCGGCGCGGGUGGUAUGCUUAGGCGGCAGGAGGCGAGUGUGGAGCUCCCCUCUGCCAAGGUGUGUUGCUGAAUGUGGCUCAUCCGUGACUGGCAUGCAAGGGGUGCUGCUCUCACCCAACUACCCUGGUUACUACGGCAACAACCACGAAUGCAUCUACUCUAUCCAGACACAGCCAGGCAAAGGCAUUCAGCUACGAGCACGGGACUUUAGGCUGGAGGAGGAUGAUGUGCUCAAAGUCUUUGAUGGCAGUAGCAGUAAGGCUCGUCUCCUGGGGGUGUAUACAGGCAACGAGCUGCUGGACACAAUCUUGAACUCCACCUCCAGCUCCAUGUGGCUGGAGUUCAUCAGCAAUGCUGAAAAUACCAGUAAAGGCUUUGAACUGCACUUUACUAGUUUUGAACUGGUUAAAUGUGAAGAUCCAGGUGUUCCCCAGUUUGGCUACAAGCGAGACGAUAAGGGUCAUUUUGCAGGGAGCACAGUGUCGUACAGCUGUGACCCAGGUUACACCCUGAAAGGGCCAGGGGUGCUCACCUGCCUGAGGGGAGAGCGGAGGGCCUGGGACAGCCCACUUCCAUUAUGCGUUGCCGAAUGUGGGGGGACCAUCAAGGACGAGCCUUCCGGUCGUAUCCUGUCUCCGGGCUACCCGGCUCCAUAUGAGCACAACCUGAACUGUGUUUGGACCAUCGAGGCAACUCCAGGAAGCACCAUAAGUCUGCACUUCCUGGUUUUCCACACGGAGGAAGUCCAUGAUGUACUUCGGAUCUGGGACGGUCCCCAGGAUGGAGGGGUCCUGCUGAGGGAGCUGAGUGGUUCAGCGCUGCCCCCGGACGCUCACAGCACCUUCAAUACUGUCACUAUGCAGUUCACCACAGACUUCUUCACCAGCAAGCAAGGCUUCGCUCUGCAGUUUUCUGUUUCUACUGCAACCUCCUGCAAUGACCCCGGCAUGCCAACUAAUGGCACCCGCAGUGGUGACAGCAAGGAGCCCGGGGAUCAUGUGGCGUUCCAGUGUGAUCCUGGUUACAUCCUGCAGGGGGCCAACAGAAUCACCUGCACGGAGAUCAAUGGUCGCUUCUUCUGGCAGCCUGACCCCCCAACAUGCUCAGCUCCAUGUGGUGGGAACCUAACAGGUUCGAGUGGGCUGAUUCUAUCUCCAGACUACCCUGAACCAUACCCUCAUGGAAGGGAGUGUGACUGGAGGGUCACCGUCACACAGGACUAUGUCAUCUCUCUCAACUUCAAUCAGUUCAGCUUGGAGCCCAGUUAUGACUUCUUGCACAUCUACGAUGGGCCAGACUCCCUUAGCCCCUUGUUGGGUAGUUUUUAUGGAGCCGAUGUUCCAGAUCACAUCGAGAGCAGCUCCAACACGCUCUUCUUGGCCUUCCGCAGUGAUGCUUCCCUCAGCAGUAAUGGAUUUGUGCUGCAGUACACAGAAAACCCUAGGGAGUCUUGCUUCGAACCUGGUCUGGUGCGUAAUGGGACCCGGGUGGGCACAGACCUCAAGCUGGGCUCCAUCGUCACUUACCACUGCGAUAGUGGCUACACACUGGAGGGAGACGCAACGCUCACUUGUAUCAUGGGGGGAGAUGGCAAGCCGAGCUGGAACAAACCCAAACCCAUCUGCAUUGCUCUAUGCGGUGGGCAGUACUCCGGUUUAGAGGGAGUGGUUUUGUCUCCUGGUUACCCUGGCAACUACAGCAGCUCUCGAACCUGUUUGUACUCUGUAGUUGUGCCGAAGGAUUAUGUGGUCUUCAGUCAAUUUGCCUUCUUCCAAACUGCUCUGAAUGACAUAGUGGAGGUUUAUGAUGGAGCCACACAGCAUUCCCGGGUUCUUAGCUCACUGUCUGGAGCUCACACAGGUGAGUCGUUGCCAUUAGCAACCUCCAACCAAAUCCUGAUCCGCUUUACUGCCAAAGGCCAGUCCAGCUCUAGAGGAUUCCAUCUGGUCUACCAGGCUGUGCCACGGACCAGUGCUACCCAGUGCAGUUCAGUCCCAGAGCCCCGAAACGGUCGCCGCAUGGGCAACAACUUUGGUGUUGGUGCAGUGGUCCGCUUCGAGUGCAGCCCAGGUUACGUGCUGGAAGGUUCGAGUGCCAUUGAGUGUUUAACAGUUCCCAAUGCCCUGGCUCAGUGGAACAGCUCCAUACCCAGCUGCAUAGUACCAUGCGGAGGGAAUCUGACCCAAAGAACUAGCACCAUUUUAUCUCCAGGCUUCCCUGAGCCAUACCUCAACAGUCUCAACUGUGUGUGGAAGAUCACCGUUCCUGAGGGCUCAGGAAUUCAGAUCCAGGUAAUCAGCUUUGUCACAGAGCAGAACUGGGACUCGCUGGAGGUCUUCGAUGGAGGCGACAACACUGACACGAUGCUCGGCAGCUUCUCAGGCACGACUGUCCCAGCUCUGCUCAACAGCACCUCCAACCAACUCUACCUGCACUUUUUUUCUGACAUUAGUGUAUCUGCAGCAGGAUUCAGGCUGGAAUACAAAACUGUGCCUCUGACCAAUUGUCCAGAACCUCUCGUUCCCAUGAAUGGAAUCAAAUUUGGGGAGCGUCUUCAGAUGAAUAGUGUGGUGUCCUUCCAUUGUGAACCUGGCUAUACUUUACAGGGGAACUCGCACAUCACAUGUAUGCCUGGAACCGUCAGACGUUGGAACUACCCACCUCCACUCUGCAUAGCUCAGUGUGGUGGAAUCCGGGAGGAGAUGGAGGGAAUGGUUCUCAGCCCUGGUUUCCCUGGCAACUACCCGAGCAACAGUGACUGCACCUGGAGAAUUUACCUGCCAGUUGGUUACGGAGCCCACAUACAAUUUCUCAACUUCUCCACUGAAGCCAACCAUGAUUUUCUCGAGAUACGCAAUGGGCCCCUUGACACGAGUGCAGUUAUUGGUCGAUUCAGUGGUCAGGACAUUCCGUCUUCCCUUCUCACGACCUCCCAUGAAACUUCAGUGUAUUUCCACAGUGACCAUUCACAGAAUAAACCAGGUUUCCGAUUUGAGUACCAAGCAUAUGAACUGCAGGAAUGCCCAGAUCCAGAGCCCUUUCGUUAUGGAGUGGUGGUGGGUGCUGGCUACAACGUGGGUCAAUCCAUUUCCUUUGAGUGUCUGCCUGGUUAUCAUCUCACGGGUCAUUCCAUCCUUACCUGUGAGCAUGGCACCACCCGCAACUGGGAUCACCCGUUUCCUCGCUGCGAAGUUCCUUGUGGAAGCAACAUCACAUCAGACAAUGGGACCAUCUUUUCCCCUGGAUACCCAGAGGAGUACCCAAACUCAGCAGACUGCUCUUGGCUGAUUUCAGUUGUUCCUGGCUUUGGCAUAAAACUCAAUUUCACUCUGCUUCAGGUUCAUGGCCCACAUGACUUCAUCACUGUCUGGGAUGGUCCACAGGAGACAGCCAGGAAACUUGGUGUGUUCACAGAUGGAGAGCCCAAUGACCCACCGAGUAGCACAUCCAACCAGGUGCUGCUACGGUUCCAUAGUAACGCAGAAAAGGGUGGGUUGUUCAGCAUUGGUUAUCAGGCUUACAGACUGCAGCACUGUUUGCCUCCCCCCAUCAUCCCUAAUGCAGAGAUCCUGAUGGCAAGCAAAGAAUUUAAAAUUGGUGACAUAGUGCGUUACAGAUGUCUUCCAGGUUACCAGUUGAGUGGAAAUAGCAUACUGACCUGUCGAUUAGGUACACACUUAGAGUUUGGGGGCCCUCCACCUUCAUGUGAUGUGACUUGUCCGAUGAACGAGGUGCUGACAGCUUCCACGGGUGUCAUUAUGAGCCAGUCACCAGGCAAUGGUUUUCCUCAUUUCGAGUCCUGCUCCUGGGUGGUCAAAGUAGAACCUGGCUACAACAUUACUUUCACCAUUGAACACUUCCAGACCAGCCGUCAGUUUGAUGAGCUUGAAGUCUUUGAUGGUCCAUCCAGACAGAGCCCUCUCCUUAUAACUCUCAGUGGUAACUAUUCCAGUCCGCUGAGCAUCACCAGCUCCAGUAACAAAGUCUACCUGCAUUGGUCUUUUGACCACACAACCAGCCACAAAGGCUUUCGCAUACGUUACUCAGCGGCAUACUGCAGCCCUCCAAACAACCCUGUGAAUGGGACAGUGCACAGUCUGACGGGCACUAAGUUAGGCAGCACCUUGCGCUUCAGCUGCGACCAGGGCUUUCGACUGAUUGGCCAGAGCAGCGCCACGUGCACCCGAUCUGCACAAGGGAUCUUUCUGUGGAAUGCACCAGUGCCUCUUUGCCAAGUCAUGACCUGUGGAAUGCCAGUAGCUCCUGUCAACGGCAGCAUUGUUGGCCAAGACUUCUCUCUUGGAGCCAAGGUUGCGUACCAGUGUAAUGCAGGGUUUCGGCUUGCUGGCCCUAUUACCACAUUAGUUACCUGUCAAGAAUCUGGGAGGUGGAGCUCUAUUGAGGCUCCGCCCAGAUGUGUCCCGGCUACCUGCCCUGACUUUGGCCACUCUGCUGUGGAACAUGGAAGAUGGAGGCUCAUCUAUGGAACUCAGAACCAAUACGAUGCUAUAAUGAUGCUCAUAUGUGACCCAGGAUAUUACUACAGGGGUCAAAGGAUUAUUCGCUGUCAGGCCAAUGGCACAUGGAACUACCCAGAUCCUCGCCCAGUCUGCGACAUCAUUUCCUGCGGAGACCUUGGGACUCCACCCAAUGGGGACAAGAUUGGGACAUUAACUGUAUAUGGAGCCACUGCCAUUUUCUCUUGCAACACAGGGUACACACUGGUGGGCUCUCGGGUACGGGAGUGCAUGUCUAAUGGGCUUUGGAGUGGAACUCAAGUUCAGUGUCUAGCUGGUCAUUGUGGAACUCCAGAACCAAUAGUGAAUGGUCAAAUAAUUGGAGAGAACUAUAACUAUCGAGGCAGUGUUGUGUACCAGUGUAACCCAGGGUUUCGUCUUAUCGGGGUGUCAGUGCGAAUCUGUGAACAGGAUCACCGCUGGUCAGGAUAUACCCCUGUCUGUGUCCCCAUCACAUGUGGACACCCCGGAAACCCAACCUUUGGAAUGACCCAAGGAACCCAGUUCAACCUAAAUGAUGUUGUGCGUUUUGUCUGCAACACUGGGUAUGUUCUGCAGGGGGCUGUUAAAUCUGUGUGCCAGGCCAACGGGCAGUGGAGCAAUGCCCUACCCAAGUGUAAAAUUGGUAACUGCACAGAGCCAGGUCAUGUAGAGAACAGCAUCAGGCAGGUUUUGUCCAGCGGGCCACAUCGGUACAGCUUCCAGACCACUGUGACAUACCGCUGUAACCCAGGUUACUACCUGUUGGGGACCAGUUCAAUCUCCUGCCAAGGGGAUGGCACCUGGGAUCGCGCUCUGCCCAAAUGUCUCUUGGUGCUAUGUGACCGCCCCAGCGUGCCUCCCUAUGCCCAGAUCUCAGGUGACCGUCGAACGGUGGGCUCAGUCAUUCGCUACAGCUGCAUGGGGCAACGUACCAUCAUUGGCAACACCACACGAAUGUGCCAGUUGGAUGGGCAGUGGAGCAGCUCACCACCACACUGCUCUGGAGAUUCAAGAGGAUUGUGUGGUGACCCAGGUGUUCCUGUUCAUGGUAUCCGCCUUGGAGAGGAAUUUACUGUGAACAGUGUUGUCCGCUUUAGCUGUGAGCCUGGUUACGUUCUAAAGGGCUCACCAGAGAGAACGUGUCUUUCCAAUGGGACCUGGCUGGGUACACAACCAGAAUGCCACGUGAUUUCUUGUGGAAAUCCCGGAACGCCACGAAAUGCCCAGAUCCUGAUCCAUGAUGGCCUAACUUUCUCCAGAUCCAUCACUUACAGUUGCAGGGAGGGCUACUACUCUACGGGGCUGCUGACCCGACACUGCACUGUAAAUGGGACCUGGACAGGCAACAUGCCAGAGUGCUCAGUAAUCAACUGUGGAGACCCUGGAGUGCCAGCCAAUGGGGUCAGGUUUGGCAGUGAUUUCACUUACAACCACACAGUCAGCUUCCAGUGCUCUCCUGGGUACACAAUGGAUGCUGAUAGGGCCUCUUCCCUCACAUGCACAAAAGAUCGAACGUGGAAUGGCACAAAACCACUCUGUAGAGCCAUUGUUUGUGGUCUACCACCCCUUGUCCCUAAUGGCCAGGUGGUUGGUACAGACUUCACAUGGGGCUCAAGCAUUAGCUACUCCUGUAAUCAAGGCUACCAGCUGUCCCUGCCCACUGUGUUAACAUGUCAGGGCAAUGGCAACUGGAGCGGAGAGAAACCACAGUGUUUCCCUGUAUUCUGUGGAGAUCCUGGAAUACCUGCUCAGGGGAGGAGGGAGGACCGUGGUUUCACCUAUCUUUCUUCAGUCUCCUACUCCUGCAACCUUCCGCUUGUCUUGGUUGGCUCAGCUAGAAGGUAUUGCCAGUACGAUGGCACUUGGAGUGGCACACAACCUUCCUGCAUAGAUCCCACACACACUACCUGUGGAGAUCCUGGCACCCCUCUCUUUGGAAAUCAGAACAACAGCCAAGGCUACCAGAUCGGCAGCACCGUGUUCUUCAGUUGCAGAAAAGGUUACCUACUGCAGGGCUCGAUUUCUCGCACAUGUUUGCCAAACCUCACCUGGAGUGGAUUUCAACCUGAGUGCAUUGCCCACCACUGCAGCCAGCCAGAGCUGCCAGCCCAGUCUGACGUGAGAGCCAUUGAACUGCCGUCUCUUGGCUACACACUGAUCUAUACAUGUCAGCCUAGCUUCUACUUGGCUGGAGGAUCAGAACACAGAACCUGCAGGUCUGAUGGGAGCUGGUCAGGGAAACCACCACUGUGUGCAGCUGAUAAUCGGCCGAGUGGAAAAAGCCCGGUGGGGACCGUUCAGGAGCCACCAUCCAAGUUACCUGUCCCAGGUGGCGUGUUUGCUAAAAACUCACUUUGGAGAGGGUCCUAUGAGUACCUGGGAAAGAAGCAGCCGGCCAUGCUGAGCAUCACUGCCUUUGAACCAUUUAGUAACCGAGUUAAUGGGACACUCAUUGACCACAGUGGAGUUGAACUUAAACUGUCAGGUGGGUGUCCUCUCAUUUAUGAACGGGACCUUAAUAAAUGCAGCUUCCCUCCAGAGAGCUCCGACCCAGGCAGAGAAAACCCAGGCUACUUAGCCUCCAACAGCAGUUCAGUGGCAGCUGCUAUCCUAGUGCCUUUUAUAGCCAUGAUCAUUGCAGGCUUCGCUCUGUAUCUCUAUAAACACAGAAGAAGACCCAAAGUUCCCUUCAAUGGUUACGUGGGCCACGAGAACACCAACGGACGUGCUACAUUUGAGAACCCUAUGUAUGACCGUAACAUCCAGCCCACGGACAUCAUGGCCAAUGAGACAGAGUUCACCGUGAGCACAGUGUGCACAGCUGUAUAGCAACUGCUUCUUUAGGAGUUAGGUAAAGAAAGCAGCACCACAACCUACGCUGCCUGCCAACAGAGGGCAUCUGUAGUUCCUCGAGCAGAUGGCAAGACAAAGAUUAUCAUAUUUGCCAAAACAUCUUCGAGAAACAUCAACAGUAGCAGAGGCCCUCACCUGCAGGAAACUGGACGAGAAACCAUGCGAAGGCAACGACUUCUUCAAAGUUUAAGAGAAAUGCUUUCUGUAACUUUACAUGGUUUCUUGAUUGUGUUCCAUAUUCUGAGG